UUGCACGCCUGCUCGGCGGUCCAGUUGCCGCAGCUCCCACGGGCUGCACUGUGGAGACGCGGACCUGCAUCCUAAAGCCAAUCGGUGUUUUCUCUCUCUUUCUCCCCCCCCUCUCCCUCCCUCUCUCUCUCUCUCUCCCGGUUUUUAUCCUCCACCUCAUUGCAGUCUUAUCACGUCCCCCCCUCUCCCUCCCUCCCUCCCUCUCCUCUUUGCUCUGGUCCCCCCUCCCUCCCCAUCCGCCUCAGCCGCUACAGGAGAGGGAGAGAGAGAAGAGAGUGCGGCUGAAUGUGAACGACAUGUCGACAGUCAGCCUCUAAAGUGUUUUCUCGGUCGUUCCCUAAUUCUUUGGCGGCGGUCUGAGUGAGUAUUACCCGCAUCCCUGCUCUGCUAAGCGUCGCUGUGUGGAUCAGAGGAGGCUGGUGGGGAAGAGACAGACAAUGAGGAAUGCAAUUGGAUUGCGUUACUCUGCCAAGGAUUUUCAUACCAUAGCCUGUGCGGUGAGGGGCCGAUGCCGGGCUGUAGCCCCAGGCUGCUGAGCUGAGAGGGAGAAGCAGCAGGAUGCAGUGGGUCACUCUAGCACUGGCCCUCGGGUGUGUGUGUCUGUCCCGGGCAUCGCACACCCCGACCCCCACCCCCACCUCCACACACACCCCUCUGGUGGACAACUCCGAGGAGGAAGUGGACGAGCCGUGCUUUGAGCCGUGCACGUGCGAGGUCAAAGAAGGCGUGCUGCACGUGCACUGUGAUGGGCGGGGCUUCACCAACGUCAGCCAGGUGUCACAGUCAUGGGUCCGCCCUUUCAAACUCAACCUCCAGAGGAACUCUCUGAGGCGUCUCUAUAGCAACGGGUUUCAGCACCUUGGCAACGCAGUGUCGAUAAACCUUGGCAACAAUGCGCUCCAGGACAUCCGAGUGGGAGCCUUCCACGGGCUGGCCAAGUUGAGACGUCUGUAUCUCCACGAGAACAAGCUGGAGGUCUUCAGAAAUGACACCUUCGCCGGCUUAGAGGCUUUGGAAUACCUCCAGGCCGACUACAAUGUGAUCAAACGAAUCGACAGCGGUGCUCUGAGGUUCCUCUACAAGCUCCGAGUUCUCAUCCUAAAUGACAACCUGAUCCCAGUCUUGCCUGCUCAUCUGUUCAGAUCUGUGUCUCUGACUCAUCUGGACCUGCGGGGAAACCGUCUGAAGAGCCUGGCAUAUGCUGGGACCCUGGAGUACGUUGGCCGCUCCCUGAUGGAGCUGCAGCUGGAGGAGAAUCCCUGGAUCUGUGGCUGCGAGGCAGUGCAGCUACAGCAGUGGCUGGGUCAGAUCCCCUACACGGCUGUAGUUGGGGAGGUUACCUGCGAAUAUCCCUUCCACCUUCAUGGCAAGGACCUGAGGGAAAUCCCCCGCAAAGAGCUGUGUGCUGACCUCCCGGAUAAAGAGCUACAAGGAGAGGGGGGUGGUCCAGCAGCAGGAUCACAGCCUCAGCAUUGGCCCCCUAACUCCAAACCCAACCCGCAUCCUGGGCGAGCUAGGCCAACUAAACCUUCCUCUAUGGUGAACGGCUCCCGCCAGAACACUCAUACUUCCUCCACUUCGUCGUCCUCUUCCUCAGCAGAGCGUAACAACAGGGAGAGGCAGCCGAGGCCGACUAAAAGGCCCCGACCCUCCAGGACAUCCCCCACACCUCGCAGUCUGAUGCCUAACCAGAAUCCCCCUGUGGCCGGUUACCAAACACGGCCCCCCAUCCCUAUUAUCUGUCCGCUGGGCUGCACUUGCAACCUACACAUCACGGAUCUGGGCCUCACCGUCAACUGCAAGGACAACGGCUUCCUCAAUGUGUCCCAGCUCACUCCUCGGCCUCUCAACGGCCGCAAGCUUUACCUGAGUGGAAAUUUAAUCCAGAGGAUCUACCGCACAGACUUCUGGAAUUUCUCCAGUCUUGACCUGCUUCACCUGGGGGACAACCGCAUUUCCUACCUCCAGGAAGGGGCCUUUUCAAGCCUAACAAGCCUGAGGAGUCUCUACCUGAAUGGAAACAACCUGGAGAGACUGAGCCCCCACAUGUUUCUGGGGCUGCAGAAUCUAAGAUCUUUUUAUUUUGAGUACAACGAGAUCCGCGAAGUCGAUCCUGGCACUUUCGACUCCAUGCCGUCCCUCCAGCUGUUGUUCCUCAACGCCAACCUACUGCGGAGCCUCCCUCUCGGCGUGUUCUCCAGAGUUAAUCUGGCUCGCCUCAACCUAAGAAACAAUCACCUCCUGCAGCUUCCCAUGGAGGGCGUGCUGGAACACCUCACCGGCCUCGUGCAGGUGGACCUGCAGCAGAACCCGUGGGAGUGCAACUGUGAAGCAGCUCCACUGAAGCGUUGGCUGGAGGGGCUCAGCGCAGUGGUUGUGGUGGGAGAGGUGGUGUGCCAUUCCCCGGAUAAGACCAAAGGUGUAGACCUGCGCUCGCUCUCCAUGGAGCUGCUCUGCCCCGAGCUGGAGCCACAGGAGGACCAGGAGCGCGAGGAGCAGACAGCCACCUCCACAGCGGCAGACAGCGGCGUAUCGGUUGGCUACCCCGGGUCAGGGCUGGGACCCCCGAUCCCUCCAGGGAAGGAUUCAAUCCCUCUGUCGGUGUUAGUGCUCAGCCUGCUGGUGUUGUUUGUCUCCGCAUUCUUCGCGGCAGCGGCACUAAUCGCCUACGCCCUGAGGAGGAGGGACAAGCUGCCGUUCCGUCGCCAGGGAGAGGUAGACUUGGCCGGCAUCCAGAUGGAGUGUGGAAUCUUCACCGAGCAGUCGCACCACCACCACCAUCACCAUCACCACGGCCUCCCGGAGAUGCCGCCUCUACCUCCAGCCGAACACAACCACGUCUACGACACCAUCUUGCCCCCGGAGGCUAAAGGCACCAAUCCGGCCGCAGCCUCGCACAUGUGUAGCAACCCCAUCUACAAAGAAGAGCAGGACGCGGCGGUGAAGCAGCGGCCACCGCAGCAGCAACAGACAUUCCCAGCUUCAAGCGAGUGCGAGGGGGGAUACAGCUCCUCGGCGGAGAAGGAGAGGGAGUGGGGGCUGGAGGUGUCCUCGUCACCCAUCAACACCGUGACGGGGGCGAUGGGGCCGCUCGCUGGCCUCCACGGGAAUGGAAUCCUGUGCCCCACGGUCAUCGACAGCCAGGGCCCCACCCCUAAGGUGGAACUAGUGGACUGCCUCUUCAGACUCCCCACCCCCGAGUUCAGAGAUCUGCCGGACAGGUACGCGAGGCCCCCGCCCCGCUACCCCCACCCUCAAGACUCCAAACAGGAAGCGAGGCCCGACCAAACGCUUGUGGUCACCACCGCCAGCUCCACGGCGGGCGGUGGCCACGGCAGCCAGACCGAGCAGGGGGCAGGAGAGCAGAGAGCCAGACUGAGGACCACACCGGACUACAUGGAGGUGCUGGACCGCUCGUACCAGUUUUAACACGCCUCCUCUUCCUCACCCUCCUCCUCCUAUUUCUCCUCUUCCUGCUACCCCUCUUCUCUUGUCUCCUCAUCAUCUCCCUCUCUGGAGAUGAAUCAUCCAGUAACAAUGACUCCUGUACAGAGGUUGGCGGGGCUUUGAGAGGAGCCUGUGGGGGAGCGGGACUACACCACACACACUAUGUUUAUUCCUGGAUAACGAGCUGAGGUCAGUUUUUUGUAUUUUCCCCACUACUGGCAUAUAGGUUGGUAUUUGGCAAAGAAUUAGCUGAUCCCAGAUCUGUGCCUGGAGGCAGCUGCAGCUACUACAGUAUUUUUUCCCCUCCACGGUCAUAAAGUUACAAGGGCGCAGUUUUUCUACUCAGUACCACAAUUAACGGGAGACGGCGUGGUGGUGGUGGUGGGGAGUGGGCGUUAUUGUUCAUAUUAUCACUCUGGAAAGGCCUGCGUGGAGGUGAAACACACCAGCUCUUUGCAACAUCAAGCGCAGAGUCAUACAGUAUGACAGUCAGAAGGUGAAGGUGUGGAGCGAGUUUAAGAUGGAGGAAUGAUGGAGACGAAGCAAAGGAGGAAGAGAAGUAACCGAAAAUAGCCAAGUGCCUUAGCAAUGAACAGCCAGCAGUGUGGUCAAUGCUUAUUUUUCUAUGAAUACAGAUCUAUUUAUCUAAACAAAGAGGUUUGACUACCAAUGGAUGGGACGCUGAUGGACGACUGAGACUAAAACCAAUCAAAAACCCGCCGAAUAAUUGCAUUCCCUGGAUGAGCCAAAAAUAAUAAUAUACCCAAGUCGAUACUGGAGUUGUCUGUAUGCAGUUCUGUUUCACUUUCAUCAUCUCAUCCAGUUAACUUAAUUUGCUUAUCCAGUUGAUUUUUUUUACAGGGCUAUGAUAUGAUGAGGGACUUAUCCAGGAAUAGUUGAUUGCUGUGUGAAAUUCUAAAAAGGUUUUAUGGAGGAAAGGAUACAAUUACUUUUAUUUUUUGAAUGCAACAGGAAACAAAGGAUCCACAGAAGGACAUUGCAGGAAAUGGAUGCAUUUUGGAUUUCUUAAUCAGACAGACUUAAUGGGCCCACAAGGACCUCUGCUCCACGUUUUUCUUUCAUCGGACAAAGGCACAGAGGUUAUUGUAUUGAUUUUUAAGUAUUUCUCAGAGGAAAAUUGAAUGGCAAAAAAAGAACAAUGGACAAAAAAACCGGGACGUAAAGGCAUUUUUUUUUGACGAUAAAAAAAAAGACAGACACUUCUAUCAACUAUCGAUUAUUAUCUUUUACGGAGGUACCUUUUUAUGCUUUCAUCUCCUACCAAUAGUAGAGGCAGUUGUGAAUAUAUUUAUUCUUAGUUUUUGCGUGUUGAAGCUCUCCUGUAAGGGAUCAUGUUAUAUUAAUGUAUAGGAUGAUUCUGCAUCUGGUUCAGCCUUCUUACCGCCGACCCACAAAAUACAAUAAAGGGUGCUACAUAAA